UCCGAAUUCCAAAUGUACUUUCUGAAUGGUCCCUAUGAAAUGAAAACCGAAAAAAGUCGUUGAGUUCCUGAAUGAAAAUAAAAGUUUGAACUUGUGAAAAUGUGAAACUACGAUUUAUAUCGUAUAUUUUAGAAAGCCAAAUGACAAGUGCCUAAUAUUUGUGCGACAUUUCAAAUUAAUUGUCUAUUUAAGGAAUAGGGAAACAAAUUUGCUGUGAUAAAAAUGCGCGAAAUAGUACACGUUCAAAUUGGACAAGCCGGAAACAAUAUCGGAAAUAAGUUCUGGGAAGUGAUAUCGGACGAACAUGGGGUCGAUCCCGCUGGAAAUUGGCACGGAGACACAGACCUCCAACUCGAAAGGAUUAAUGUAUAUUACAAAGAAGUAACCGGGGGAAAAUUUGUACCAAGAGCUGUGCUAGUUGACCUGGAAGGUAGCACUAUGGAUAACGUUAGGUAUGGACCUUUUGGACGAUUAUUCAGCCCCGACACUUUUGUAUUCGGUCAAGGGGGUGCGGGAAACAAUUGGGCGAAAGGAAUGUAUACAGAGGGCGCCGAGUUGGUAGAUCACGUACUGGACGUCAUACGACGGGAGGCAGAGGGCUGUGAUUGUCUUCAGGGGUUUCAGAUUGUUCAUUCGAUAGGAGGGGGUACUGGGUCUGGUUUAGGUUGUUUAUUACUAGACAAAAUCCGGGAAGAAUAUCCUGACAGGAUUAUAAGCACGUUCACCAUAAUACCAAGUCCCAAGGUUUCUGAUACGGUUGUCGAACCCUACAAUGCCACGUUGUCUGUAACGCACCUGAUUGAGAACUCUGACCAAACCUACAUUAUAGAUAAUGAAGCACUACAUGAUAUAUGCCAUAGAACUCUAAAAAUAUCAGCUCCCAGUCUGGCUGAUCUUAACCAUCUUAUAUCAGCGGUGAUGGCAGGUGUAACUACUUGCAUAAGAUUUCCCGGACAACUAAAUGCCGACUUGAGAAAAGUCAAAGUAAACAUGGUGCCAUUUCCCAGGCUGCAUUUUUUCGUUCCUGGUUUUGCACCACUUGUCUCCAGAGGAACUAGGUCGUACAAGGCAGCAACAGUACCCGAAUUGGUACUUCAACUUUUCGACGCCAAAAAUCUGAUGUGCGCUGUAGAUCCAAGAAGAGGAAAAUACAUGACGGUCGCGUCCAUUUUUAGAGGAAGAAUGUCGAUGCGCGAGGUGGAAGAGCAAAUGGUCAACGUGCAAGAUAAAAAUAGCUCGUAUUUUGUGGAAUGGAUACCGAAUAACGUGAAGACGGCAGUGUGCGAUAUACCUCCCAGGGGGUUAAAAAUGUCAGCGACCUUCAUAGGAAACACGACUGCUAUACAAGACCUGUUCAAAAGAAUCGGAGAAGCAUUUUCAGCCAUGUUCCGCCGGAAGGCUUUUAUCCACUGGUAUACCGGUGAAGGUAUGGAAGAAAGGGAGUUUACUGAAGCCGAAUCCAAUAUGCACGACUUAAUUUCUGAAUAUCAAAUGUACGAAGUCGCAACCAACGAUGAAGAUGAAAACGAAGACUACGAAUAUAUGGACUAAUUAUAUUUGCGGAAAACUAUACCGAUCUCUUGGCAGACUCAGAAGGGGGGUGUGGGGCAAAUUAAUAAAAUUGCA